AGGACAAGUCCCACGAAUUCGAGCAGAGCUGGAAGGAGGUCGCGCGCUUCCACCAGAGGCAGGAGGGCUACCUCUUCACGAAGUUCCUCAGGGCCGACGCGAAGGUGAAGGACAUGGGAACGCCGCAGUUCGACUACGUGGAUAUCGUGCAGUGGUCCACAGGCGACGCCCAGCGGCGGGCGACCCUGAGGACCGGCUACCGGCAGCUCAUCGAGGACUUGCAGGCGCACCAGAAGGCGCCUGGCACGCCCGAGGCCAGCUGCUCACCGCUCAUGUACAGCGUGGUCGUCGACGACACGCCUUCCAAGUACUGACCGUCUUCCAGGGGGAGGAGGCAGGCACCGCCUUCACUCGGUGCCCAGUGGAGGGGGGGAGUAGGAGUCGAGCGUCGGCCAGGAGGCUCUUCUCCUGCUCCUCGCCGUCCUCUUCCGCUUCCGCAAACCCUUGCAGCCGCCUCCGUCCAUCCCACCUUGGAGCUCUCUCCCUGAGUGGAGCGACCGUGGUGUCCUGCGCGUCUCUGCGGCGCCUCGCUGAGCUGUUCGGCGCGCCUCCGCCUCCUGCGGGCAUGGGCCGUCCGUGUCGGGCACGCCUUGCGCCGUAUCUUCUAGCCCCCCCCCCGCAUCGGAUUCCUCCUCUCUUUUUACCUUCCUCUCUCCUCCCCCUCUGCCCCCUUCCCCAUUGUCCAUUCCUGCCUCCUCCCUUCCUCC